AGUAAAGUUGGUGUGAGCGACGCAGAGCUGCAGUCCAGACGAGUCUCUCUGUUUCUCUCUAAAGAAACAACUGAAUCCAGAAGCUUUUCAUCAACAACACAACAGGAUCUCUGACAAACUCUGGGCGUAGGCUCCGUAAAACAAAAAGUGUUUGUGAGAACUAAAGACGGAAACAGAAAGUACAAGUUGGACUGGUGGAGCCGGAUGAGCCUCCUCUUUGCUUCUGUACACACCCACAUUCAACCAGUACCGGUAAAUACCAAGCACGCUACCUGAGACUCAUCAGCACAGGCACCAAUAAUACUGCUGCUCUGAAGGCUGUGAUGGAGAGUAACAUGUGAAGAGAAAGGAUUCAUUACGUCACCUUUCAUCCUCAGAGUGUCGAUAUGUCUGCUGCCAGCUGUCUGCUGACUGAAGAUCAGUUCCUGUGCUCCAUCUGUCUGGACGUGUUCACUCAUCCAGUCGCCAUACCAUGUGGACACAACUUCUGUAAAGCCUGCAUCACUGACCACUGGAACGUUAAUGCCCCGUCUAACUGUCCCAACUGUAAAAAGCUUUUCUACACCAGACCUGAGCUGCAGGUCAACACGUUCAUCUCUGAGAUGGCUGCUCAGUUCAGACUGUCAGCUCAGCAGAAAGCCAGCAGCAGCAGCUCAGAGCAACAAGCUGCCCAACCAGGAGAAGUUCCCUGUGACGUCUGCACUGGAACCAAAGUGAAGGCCCUCAAGUCCUGCCUGGUGUGUCUGGUCUCCUACUGUGAGGCUCACCUGGAGCCUCAUCUGACUACGUCAGGUCUGAAGAGACAUCAGCUGAUGGACCCUGUGGAGAACCUGGAAGGCAGGAUGUGUACGAAGCACGAUAAACUGCUGGAGCUGUUCUGUAAGACCGACCAGAUGUGUGUCUGCAUGCUCUGCACUGUUUUAGACCACAAGAACCAUGAUGUUGUUCCUCUGAGAGAAGAAUAUGAAGGAAAGAAGGCCGAGCUGGGGAAGACUGAGGCUGAAGUCCAGCAGAUGAUCCAGAAGAGACGGCUGAAGAUUCAGGAGAUCAAACACUCAGUGGAGCUCAGUGAGGAAGCAGCAGACAGAGAGGUAGCAGAAGGUGUCCUGGUCUUCAGCGCUCUGAAGGAGUCUGUUGAGAGAAGCCAGGCGGAGCUCAUCGACACCAUCAAAGAGAAGCAGAGAAAGACACAGAAACAGGCUGAAGGCUUCAUCAAAGAGCUGGAACAGGAGAUCUCUGAGCUGAAGAAGAGAAGCACUGAGGUGGAGCAGCUCUCACGCUCUGAAGACCACCUCCACCUCCUCCAGAGCUUCAGGACCCUGAACACUGCUCCACCCACCAAGGACUGGACAGGAGUCAGAGUCAGUGCACCUUCAUAUGAGGGGACUGUGGUGAGAGCUGUGCACCAGCUGGAGAAGAAGCUCAGUAAACAGAUGAAGCUGCUGGAGCUGAAGAGAGUCCAGCAGUCUGCAGUGGAUGUGACACUUGAUCCUGAUACAGCACAUCCUCACCUCAUCCUGUCUGAUGAUGGAAAACAAGUUAAAGAUGGAGAUGUAAAGAAGAAUCUCCCAGACAAUCCAGAGAGAUUUAAUCAGUGUGUUAUUGUUUUAGGAAAGCAGAGUUUCUCUUCAGGUAGAUUUUACUACGAGGUUCAGGUUAAAGGGAAGACCGAGUGGGAUUUAGGAGUGGUGAGAGAGUCCAUCAACAGGAAGGGAAACAUCUCAGCGUCUCCUCAGAAUGGUUACUGGGCGAUAUGGUUGAGGAAUCGGAAUAAUUACUCUGCUUGUGCUGACCCAUCAGUCCGUCUCUCUCUGGAGUCCCGGCCUGAGAAGGUGGGGGUGUUUGUGGAUUAUGAGGAGGGUCUGGUCUCCUUUUAUGACGUUGGUGCUGCAGCUCUGAUCUACUCCUUUACUGGCUGCUGCUUCACUGAGAAACUCUACCCAUUCUUUAGUCCAUCUCUUAAUAAUAAUGGUACAAACUCUGCUCCUCUGAUCAUCUCUGCUGUCAAUCACACUGAGUAGAACAAAAGGUGUUAACUUAACAUUUUAAUAAUUUUUUGACGUCACAGCUGAAAAACCCUUUUCUCUUUUCUAUCACAUGUCAACUUUGACGGGACAAUAACGUCCUUCAGACCUUCUAAAGCUCCACAGAAAUGGAGUGAAAAGACAAAACCUUUGAUAAAGUCCAGGAGAUAAAUUGAACGUUGCUGUUUAUAAACAGAGAUGGAAGCUGUCAGACAACUGAUGAUCUUUUCGUGAACUGGAUGCUUUAUAAUUGUUAAUCAAUGAUUAUGUCAUAAAGGGAAACGGGCCUUGAGUUAAUUUCCUGUUUGUUGAUCAUCUGUCCUGUGAAUCACAGAGAGGAACCUUUUAAUUUCUCACAGAAAGAUUCUCAAUCAUUUCUUGAAAUAAGUGAAUAUGUAUUGCUCAGUGUUUACAUUGGUGUUUUUAUGAUUAUGAUGAUUAACUUUUUUUUCUCUGUUUUUCGCUGAUGCGUCACAUUUGCUAUUUGUUACAACACAACAGCAGCAGCAGAGAGGACUUUAAUAUCUUGAUGUUCAGUGUUUGCAUUGAUAGGACUUGAUCUCAGCUGCAACAUUAAGAUAAAGAUAAUAAAACAAUUAGCUAACACAAAUUUGCUAUUAACUCUUUAAAGCCCAGGCUUAAACAUGUUGUAUUAUUCCUAAAUCUGAUCUGCUCAAUUCCCAUUGACCUCCAUGUUAAAAUGAACAACGUUACAGCAGAAAUAAACAUGUUUAUAUGGCAACAAAACAACCUCUGUGGUCUGAAUAAAUGAACAGUGAAUCCUC